CUCUGCAAUCUGCAUCAUACCCAAAAAAAAAAAAUUAAGCUACAAAAUAAAAUACAGCUGGUAUUUCAUCGACCGACAGAGAACGUGUAUCUAGUUUUCAGUCACAUGAAAGGAAAGAAUCCACAGCGCAUCACUCCGUCGUUACUCCACCACUUCCCGGCCAAAUCUUUGCCGCGGAAAUAAAAACAGAAGCUUGACCAUAAAAACAGAACCCACGGUUACAGCGCAACAGCGGGAGAAAAAAGCAGGCAGCUUCAUAAGUGAUGAAAGCCCAACCAUAAUUAACGACCAUCCAUUUCCCGCCGGACCCGGAAUUCGAAAGGCCCCUUCUUCCGCCAUUAAUACACGCGCAAAGAAUCCGCCCAAAUCCAUCGCAUUUCUCGAGAUCAGAAUCCAUCCAAGAUAGAUUUUUUGGAACAGGGGGAAGAAGUCCGGCGAUGGGCUCUCUUCCGCCAUCUCUCGAUCUUCCUGCCGAUCCCAAACACGGUCAGCAGCGGCAGAUCGACGAAUCCACCCUCCUGAAUCUCUUCAAAUCCCAGCAGAACCAUCUCAAUUACUUCUUCCGCCACCUCGAUCUCUCGCAGGCGCUCUCCUUCUCCCAAACCCUGCUUAACACCACCGGCACCAUCUUCUUCUCCGGCGUCGGCAAGUCCGGCUUUGUCGCCAACAAGAUCUCCCAGACCCUCGUCUCCCUCGGCAUCCGCGCCUCCUUCCUCAACCCCGUCGACGCCCUCCACGGCGACAUCGGCGCCCUCUCCUCCCUCGACGUCCUCGUCCUCUUCAGCAAGUCCGGCAACACCGACGAGCUCCUCCGCUUGGUCCCCUGCGCCAGGGCCAAAGGGGCCUACCUGGUGUCGGUGACUUCCGUCGAAGGGAACUCACUCGCGUCCGUCUGCGAUAUGAAUGUACAUUUGCCGCUGGAGAGGGAGCUGUGCCCAUUCGAUUUGGCUCCGGUAACCUCCACCGCGAUCCAGAUGGUGUUUGGCGAUACGGUGGCGAUCGCGCUUAUGGAGGCGAGGAAUUUGACCAAGGAGGAGUACGCGACUAACCACCCUGCUGGCAGGAUCGGCAAGAGCUUGAUUUUCAAGGUGAAGGAUGUUAUGAAGAAGCAAAAUGAGCUGCCGGUGUGCAGGGAAGGAGAUCUGAUUAUGGAUCAGCUGGUUGAGCUGACAAGUAAAGGCUGCGGUUGCCUUCUUGUCGUUGAUCCUGAUCAUCACCUUAUUGGCACCUUUACUGAUGGUGAUCUCCGUCGGACUCUCAAGGCUAGCGGGGAAGCCAUAUUCAAGCUUACAGUUGGGGAAAUGUGCAACAGGAACCCAAGAACUAUUGGUCCAGAUGCAAUGGCAGUGGAAGCAAUGAAGAAGAUGGAAUCACCACCAUCACCUGUACAGUUUCUGCCUGUGAUCAGUGAUCAGAAUGUUUUGAUUGGAAUCAUUACCCUCCAUGGACUAGUUUCAGCAGGGCUUUGAUGAUCACCACAGCUGGAAUUCCGGCCAGUUUCAUACGUAAUUGUAUCAGCAACAGCGUUCUUCCUUCUGCAUUGGGAUGUUGAUCAUCGUUCCUUUUAGUCAUUACUCAGUAUUUUGAAUUCACUGCAUAGAUAGGGGGUGGGCGGGAUUUGGGAGGGGAGAUAUUCUUUUGCAUUCUCUUCACUGUACCAUUGAUAUUUGUGAUAUGUAAUGUAAGUAUGAAAUAGCAAAAAUAGUAUAUGAAAAAUAGUAAUGAACAUGGAAAUAUACACCUGUGCUUAAU